CCUACCGUUCUCUGGGCUUUGCCGAUACCAUCUUGUCCGGUGAUCUGUCCUCUCCCUCCCUCAUGGCUGCUUCUAGCUCUUGCAGCUCGAUACCUGCUUCAGAGGCAGUUCAAGUUAUGGUCUCGUCUCUAGCUGAUGACUCUCCCAGCGUCAGAGAAGCCUCAAUGUCUGCUCUCAAGGAUCUUACAUCCAUGUAUUCCCUCUCUCGCUUUAUAUGUUGAAGAUUGAAAUGAAUCCACUUCUGGUGCUCGAUUGCUGCCUACAAGUUUCAAGAGGUGGACGCCGGAGGUUUGGGAAUAUAUCUGGUUUAUUUGAAGUAAUAUCAGUGGCCAUUCAAGCAUUGGAUAGCCGAGACGUGGACCCUGUUUUCAUGAUGAAGCUUGCCAAGAUUGCAACAGCUGAGGUUAUUUCAUCAAAGGAACUGAGCACUGAUUGGCAAAGAGCUGCAGCUAGUGUCCUCGUAUCAGUAGGAUCUCAUCUGCCUGACUUGAUGAUGAAUGAAAUAUUUUUUCAUCUCACUGGUUCCAAUUCAGCUCUACCUGCUAUGGUUAAAAUACUUGCAGAUUAUGCAUCAUCUGAUGCUUUGCAGUUCACCCCACGAUUAAAAGGUGUUCUGGCUCGAGUAGUACCCAUUCUUGGGAAUGUGAAAGACAUGUACCGAUCAAUCUUUGCAAAUGCAUUUAAAUGUUGGUGUCAGGCAUGUUGGCAGUAUAGUGUGGACUUCUCCUUGUCACCAGUCCUUGAUGCAGAUGCUGUGUCUUUUCUUAACUCUGCCUUUGAGCUUCUACUCAGAGUUUGGGCAAUGUCACGGGAUCUCAAGGUUCGCGUAUCUUCUGUCGAAGCAUUGGGGCAGAUGGUUGGUCUUAUUACAAGAACACAGUUGAAAGCAGCCUUACCAAGGCUUGUUCCAACUAUAUUGGAACUGUACAAGAGAGAUCUAGGUUCUGCAUAUGUGGCCACUUGUAGUCUUCAUAGUCUGUUAAAUGCCUCGUUGCUCUGUGAUGAAGGCCUUCCUUUGCUUGACUUUGAGGACCUCAUUGUUACUUUGUCCUCUCUGCUAGUGGUUUGCAGCAAUAAUGAUAGAAAAGAGCAUUCAGAAUUUCAAUUGGGGCUGAAGACUUAUAAUGAAGUUCAACAUUGCUUUCUAACGGUUGGGCUGGUGUACUCUGAGGAUUUGUUUGCGUUCCUUCUUAAUAAAUGCAGGUUGAAAGAAGAACCAUUCACUUUUGGUUCCCUUUGUGUUUUAAAGCAUCUAUUGCCAAGGUUGGCUGAGGCUUGGCACACCAGACGACCCGCCUUGGUAGAAUCAGUAAAGCUUUUAAUAGAUGAAAAUGAUUUAGGGGUUCGCAAAGCUCUUGCAGAGUUGAUUGUUGUCAUGGCUUCUCACUGUUACUUGGUUGGUUCCUCUGGAGAGUUGUUCAUUGAAUAUCUUGUACGCCAUUGUGCAAUGACAGAUCUGGAAAAUGUUGAACUUGAAAGUUCGAAGGAGUCAUCUAGGUUCAUUGGCAAUUAUAACCUCUUUAAAAAUAAAAAACUGGAGUUCAAUUCUGGUGCUGUCACUCCAACAGAGCUAAGGGGUAUCUGUGAAAAGGGUCUUCUUCUAAUUACCAUUACCGUUCCUGAAAUGGAGCAUGUUCUCUGGCCAUUUUUGUUGAAAGUGAUUAUACCACGAGUUUACACUGGUGCAGUUGUAACUGUCUGUCGAUGCAUUUCAGAGUUGUGCAGGCGCAGAUCCUCAGGAAGUAACAUGAUGGUUUCAGAGUGCAAGGCUCGCACUGAUAUUCCGCAACCUGAGGAACUUUUUGCUCGAUUAGUGGUACUUCUGCAUGAUCCUCUGGCAAGAGAGCAGUUGGCCACUCAAAUCUUGACUGUCCUGUGGUACCUAGCACCGCUGUUCCCAAAGAACAUUAACUCCUUUUGGCAAGACGAGCUCUAGAUACCAAAGAUGAAAGCAUAUGUGAGUGAUACUGAAGACCUAAAGCAGGAUCCUCUAUAUCAAGAAUCUUGGGAUGACAUGAUUAUCAGUUUUCUUGCAGAAUCUCUGGAUGUGAUUCAUGGGGUUGACUGGGUGCUAUUGCUUGGAAAUACAUUUGCAAAGCAUUAUGAACUUUAUCAAUUCGACAAUGAGCACUCUGCAUUGCUUCAUCGGUGUCUUGGCGUGUUGCUGCAGAAAGUUCAUGAUAGAACUUAUGUCCGCGCUAAAAUUAAUCUGAUGUGUAGGCAAGCCAAUAUUGCUGUCCCUACAAAUAGGCUUGGUCUAGCUAAAGCCAUGGGCUUGGUGGCAGCUUCACACUUGGAUACAGUCCUAGAUAAACUAAAAGACAUUCUAGACAACGUUGGCCAAAGUAUCUUACAAAGAAUUCUUUCUAUUUUUUCGGAUAGAGCAAAAAUGGAAGAAUCAGAUGAUACCCAUGCUGCAUUAGCACUGAUGUAUGGAUAUGCUGCUAAAUAUGCUCCACCAAAUGUUAUUGAAGCCAGAAUUGAUGCACUUGUGGGAACUAAUAUGCUUUCACGACUACUUCAUGUACGCCAUCCCCGAGCCAAGCAGGCUGUUAUCACUGCUAUUGACUUACUAGGUCAGGCUGUGAUUGGUGCAGCUGAAAGUGGUAUAUCUUUCCCAUUGAAAAGAAGAGACUUAUUACUUGACUAUAUAUUAACUCUAAUGGGCCGAGACGAGGAGGAUGGAUUUUCUUAUUCUGACAUUGAGCUCUUGCACACCCAGUCCCUUGCUUUGAUUGCGUGCACUACGCUAGUUUCUGUGGAGCCAAAACUGACUCCUGAAACAAGAAAUGUUAUUAUGAAGGCCACUAUUGGUUUUUUUGGUCUACCAAAUGACCCCUCUGAUGUUAUUAAUCCCCUUAUAGACAAUCUUAUAACACUUUUAUGCACGAUACUGGUCACAAGUGGAGAAGAUGGCAGGAGCCGAGCAGAGCAGCUAUUGCUUAUACUCAGAAAGAUUGAUCCAUUUGUUUCCUCUUCUUUGGACUUUCAAAGAAAAAGAGGGUGCUUAGCAGUUCAUGGGAUGCUUGUCAAGUUCCGGACUAUAUAUGUCAAUGGAUAUUGUGCACUGGGCUGUCAGGGUACCUGCAUCCAUAGCAAACAAAUUGACCAUUUCUCUAAUCGCAACUAUUCUAGUUUACCAUCUGCAUUUUUUUUACCAAGUCGUGAUGCUUUGGCAUUGGGAGAGAGAACAAUGGUAUAUCUUCCUCGAUGCAUAGAUACAAAUUAUGAGGUCAGGAAAGUCUCUGUCCAGAUUCUAGAUCUAUUUUUCAGUAUAUCUUUAUCCCUGCCCAAGCCCAUAAGUUUGAGUCUGGGAAACGAUAUAGAGCAGUCAUACAAUGCUUUGUCUUCCCUUGAGGAUGUUGUAGCCAUCUUAAGAAGCGAUGCUUCAAUAGAUCCAUCAGAGGUGUUCAACCGGGUUGUUUCAUCUGUUUGCACCUUGCUAAACAAGGAUGAACUUGCCGCUGCUCUGCAUGGUUGCUCCGGUGCUAUAUGUGACAAAAUCAAGCAGUCUGCAGAAGGUUCUAUUCAAGCGGUGAUUGAGUUUAUUAUGAAAAGAAGGAAUGAGUUCAAUGAAUUUGAUGUUUCAAGGACAUCACAAUCUUUGCUCACUGCUGUGUUUCAUGUCACUGAGAAGUAUUUACGUCAGGAAGCUCUUGGAGCUGUAUGUUCUUUAGCUGAAAACACAAACUCAAAAGUUGUGUUCACUGAAUUUUUAGCUGCUGCAGGACGGGAUAUAGUGAUGAAAGAUAUACAAAGACUACGCGGUGGUUGGCCUAUACAAGAUGCUUUUCAUGCAUUUUCGCAACAUUUGGUACUUUCACAUUCAUUUCUGGAGCAUGUGAUAUCGAUCAUGAAUCAGUCUCCAAUCCUGAAAAGUGAUACUGGGAAAGGAGAGAGUUCUAGGAUUUCUUUUGAUGAUGGCGUAGAGAUUGAUGUUUCACGUGCAGCUGUUGUUGCUCUCACCGCUUUCUUCAGAGGUGGUGGUAAACUUGGGAGAAAAACUGUUGAGCAAAGUUAUGCUUCUGUGCUUGCUACACUUAUACUUCACCUGGGAACCUGCCAUGGUUUGGCUAGUUCUGGGGAACAAGAACCACUAAGUGCUCUGCUCAAUGCAUUUCAAGCUUUCUGUGAAUGUGUUGGUGAUCUUGAGAUGGGAAAGAUCCUGGCUAGGGGUGGGAAGCAAAAUGGAAACGAGAAGUGGAUCAGUCUUAUUGGGGAGCUUGCUGGAAGCAUCUCUAUGAAAAGACCAAAGGAGGUGCCUACAAUAUGUUUGUUCUUAAGUAAAUCGUUAGACCAGCCCCUACAACUGCAGAGGGAAGCUGCUGCUGCUGCAUUAUCUGAGUUUUUACGGUAUAGCGAUGGCUUUGGUCAUCUUUUGGAACAGAUGGUUGAAGCAUUGUGCCGGCAUGUGUCGGAUGACUCUCCAACAGUGAGACGUCUCUGUCUAAGAGGGCUUGUUCAGAUGCCAUCUAUCCACGUCCUUCAAUACACUACCCAGAUUCUUGGGGUAAUACUAGUUUUGCUGGAUGAUUCAGACGAAACAGUUCAGUUAACUGCAGUUUCAUGUUUAUUGAUGGUUCUAGAGUCCUCCUCGGCUGAUGCUGUGGAACCUGUACUGCUCAACUAUUCAAUUCGGCUUCGUAAUCUUCAAGUUUGCUUGAAUGCAAAGAUUCGAGCAAAUGCAUUUGCAGCUUUUGGUGCACUAAGCACCUGUGGGGCAGGCACAAUACUUGAUUCAUUUCGCGAACAGAUUCAUGCUGCAUUCCCCCGUAUGGUUCUACAUCUUCAUGAUGAUGAUAUUGGUGUUCGACAAGCUUGCCGGACAACUUUAAAAUGUAUUGCCCCAUUGAUUGAGAUUGAUUCAAUCCCUGUGCUUCUCAAUGCACUUCGGUUCAGUUCGGACCAUAGGAGUGAUUAUGAAGACUUCUUGCGAGAUCUUGCAAGGCAGUUAACUCACUAUCUUGGCCCUCGAGUUAAUGCUUACCUGUCAGCAAUAAUACAGGCAUUUGAUUCUCCAUGGCCAGUUAUUCAAGCCAAUGCUGUUUAUUUGUGUAGCAGCAUGCUUGCACUUUCAGAUGAUAAACACAUUUGGGCCCUUUAUUAUAGCCAGGUGUUUGAAGUAAUGGUGGGGAAAAUGAGACAUUCGGGAGAUGCGAUUGUGAGAGCAACUUGCUCUGCAUCACUUAG